AUGUCAGGUUCUAGUGACGUUAUCGAAUUCCCUUCUGCCGUUAAAGAAUGGAAGGCCCUAGCCAAAAAGAACAAACUAGAAAAUGCUAGUAUUCAUCACAAGGCCUGUGAUUCGGCAUCGAAAAUUAGUGAGGAACAAUAUCUCCUACUUCGGAGCUUUUGGGUGGAAGCGCCAGCGGAUAAUGAAAACCCCGGGACCUGGGGGAUCAAAGCUACUCAAGAAGCAGCCCACUGGCUGAAUAACGAGGAUGACUGGAAGAAAUACCUUGAAAGUCUUGCUAUGUCGUCUAAAACCACCCCAGCCCCAAGGCUUGGCUCAUUCUCGUACGUUUCAUUGGCCAGAAGUCAAGUAACGAGGCUCCCAGAGGAGUAUGGCGAGGAGGAUGAGGAUAAGAACGUGUCAUUUAGUCCGAUAUCAAGCCGAUUACGAUCAUCCGACCCCAAGCCGGCCCCAGAUGGAGAAGACAGACCCGAUAGCCCAGCGGAAGACGCUGCGAGAAGAAUGGGAAUAUCCCAAACCCCUCCUAACAUGAGUUCCGAUGAGGAUAUUGAGAACGCAUACUUUAAGAAAGGGGCUAGCAGUAAAGAUGGAUCUGGUGGUGAUCUCACUAAAAGAUUGGAGGGUAUUGCGUUAGGGAAAGAAUCGGUCGAUCAUACCACUGGCAAAUCCCCGGCGAUUUCAAUUGUUAAGAUGAGCCCCAACUCAUCGCGCAAAGCUUUCCCUAAGGUAGAGGAUGAGCAAAUUGUGAAUGGUUUCUUGAUCGCGUUUCUUGCAACGAUAUGUAUGUAUCAUCCAAAGGUCAACCUCGAGUGGUCGCCAGUCCGGAAAGCCUUUAAAUUUGGAAAAGUUGAUAUCCCAGCCAGCGGACAGAAGACGUUUCUUUUCGAGGCAAGAACCGAUGGUCAUUUAUCUCAGCCAUUUUUAAAAGAUACCAAUGUGCGAUCAGCUAUGAUCGUUGAGGUUAAGCCUACCUUCCGGGGGUACAGCAAUCGAGUCAUCUACCAGGCAACCGCCCAGAUGGCAGCGUGGAUAUACAACGAACCGGAUAAGCCAGGGUCAAAGCAGCCAUUUCGGCGCGCUAUGAUUUUGCAGGAGCGCCAAGAAAUUAGGCUUGUCAUUGCAAAGUACGACCAAAAAUAUGUCGAUUACCUUCAUGACCAGACGGUAACCGACUUGUCAUUGCUAGAGAUGCACGAACUCGGAGCGUGGGAUAUUAGAACUAAACGAGAUAUGGAGGGGUUUGGUGUCAUCCUCUUAGCGCUUGCACUGCAGAACGGCGAACUCGUAUAUUAG